UCUUCUUCAAGUUUUCCUCUCAUCAAACUGCAAUGGGAAUCUGUAUCUCGUUUAACCGAAGAGACUCCAAUUCUCCCCCGACGGUGAAGAUCGUGACCGUUAACGGCGAUCUCCGGGAAUACAAUAUUCCAGUGAUCGCCUCUCAAGUCCUGGAAGCAGAAUCGGCAGCUGCUUCAUCUUCCUCUUCUUCCUCUAGACCUUCCUCUUACUUCAUCUGCGACUCGGAUUCUCUCUACUACGACGACAUCAUACCGGCGAUAAACUCCGAAGAUCCCCUUCAGGCCGAGCAGAUCUACUUCGUCCUUCCGAUCUCCAAGCGGCGGAACCGGUUAACGGCGUCGGACAUGGCGGCUCUCGCCGUGAAAGCAAGCGUGGCGAUACAAAACUCCUCCGGGAAAGAGUCUCGCCGCCGUAAGAAGGUGAGAAUCUCUCCGAUCAUGAUGCUGACUCAGCCUGACGAUAACGUUGCCGUUGGUAACGGAAAAGCGAGCGAGACGACGGUUGUUCGGAAGGGGGGACCGUUAGUGAAUAAAACGGCGCCGUUUAAGGCUUCGAGCGGUUAUAACCGUUCCGGUUCGGUACGUAGUUUGAGGAGAUUGACUUCUAAACGAGCAAAGUUGGCGGUUAGAUCCUUUAGACUCAAACUUUCAACGAUCUACGAAGGCACCGUCGUUUAGUUUUUGCGAGGAACAACGAAUCAGUAUCAGAAGCAUAAUAAUUUUUGCGGUGUUUUUUUUUUUUACUUUGUUACAAACUGAUGAUAUUAUCCUUUUUCCGUUUUUGUUACUUUGACUGUUACUUUGUUUACAUGUUGUAUAUUUUGGGUCACGUACCAUAUAAGCCAUAGGCGUUAAAUAUCAUUUGUGUUACCAAACAAAUUGAAUAUGAUUGGCGAUGUUUCUG